AUGAGACUCCGAUGGAUUUUAAUUUUUUUAACGGAAACUGUAAAUGUUACAACGGCAUUUUCUGUGUUAUUUUCAAUAAUACAAGAAUAUGGUAAAGAUCACAUGAUUAGCGAAUUUUCGUGCAAUGGGAAAGAAUCUUUUAAUUUAUUAAAACUUGCAAGUCAAACGUAUCAACCAAUUCGAAUUUUGAAGAUUGAUGAGAAAUUAUUACAAAAUAACGUACCAGCAAAUACCAUAUUUGUCAUGAAUCUCGAUUGUAAUGGAUCACGAGCCAUACUAAGAAAGAGCGAUGCUUUAAAUCUUCUUUCAUUACCAUAUAAAUGGGUGCUCUUUCAUUCGAAACCACUUGGUUCAUACGAAAAAUAUUUUUACGAUUUAAACUUUUCGAUCAACAGUGAAAUCAAUGCAUUGCAAAAAUAUAAGAACGGAAGCACAAUUUUAAGAAAAAUCUACGAACUGAAAGGUGAUUUACAAAUUGAAAAUAUGGGAAUUUGGGAAAAUAAUAUUUUCAAAAGUUUCGACAUCGAGCGCAUUACCGUUAGAAGACGAAAAAAUCUGAAAAAUAUAACAUUAAAUACUUGCAUAGUAAUCACUAAUAACGAUAGCUUGAAUCACCUAACUGAUAAAAGGGAUCCCCAUAUAGACAGUAUUUCAAAGGUAAAUUACGUAUUAAUAGGACAUUUCAAAGAUAUUUUAAAUGUUACUUUGAAUUUUACUAUUGAAUCCACUUGGGGUUAUAAAGUGAAUUCAUCUUGGACCGGUAUGAUUGGGCUACUGUCAAGGAAAAAAAUAGAUAUUGGAGGAACAUCGUUAUUUUUUACCGAAGAUAGAGUAGACGUUAUUGAUUAUGUGGCCAUGAUUACACCUACAAGAUCCUAUUUCAUAUUUAGAGAACCGAAGUUAUCGUAUGUGACAAAUGUUUUUAUAUUACCCUUUGACAUGGGUGUUUGGUUGUCCACAGUUGCAUUGGUCAUCAUUGCCGUUUUCUUCCUCUAUGUAAUAUUAAAUUGGGAAUUAACAAAGGAAAUAUAUUUAAAGAAAAGCAACUCAUACUACGCAAGCAAUAAUAAACCGACAGUACUUGAUGUCGUUCUCAUUUCCUUUGGAGCAUUGUGUCAACAAGCCUCACACAUAGUCCCUGCAAGUGUACCCGGAAGAAUCACAACUAUUGUAUUGUUCCUCUCUUUGAUGUUCCUUUACACGUCGUAUUCUUCGAACAUUGUAGCUUUGUUGCAGUCGUCUUCAUCAAGCAUUAAAAAUUUGCAGGAUUUACUCAAUUCGAGACUUGAAGUUGGAGUAGAUGAUACAGUUUUCAAUAGAUUUUAUUUUCCGAACGCUACCGAACCAACACGUAGAGCUUUGUACUUGAAAAAGGUGGCACCUCCUGGUAAAUCGGACCAUUUCAUGCCGAUAUUAGAUGGUGUUAAAAGAAUUAGAGAAGGUUUAUUCGCUUUUCAUGUGGAGUCCGGUCCUGGAUAUAAAUUAAUCGGGGAAAUAUUCCAUGAAGAUGAGAAGUGCGGAUUGCACACUAUUCAAUUUCUCCAAGUAAUUGAUCCGUGGUUGGCGAUUCAAAAGCGUUCACCAUAUAAAAAAUUGAUUCAAAUAGGAUUCAGAAAACUUAUGGAAUCAGGCAUUCAAAUAAGGGAAAACACUUUGAUUUACCACAAAAAACCGGUAUGCGUGUCUAGGGGAUCUGCAUUUGUUAGCGUCGGUAUUGUAGAUUGUUAUCCUGCCGUGGUAGUUUUAGUUAUUGGAAUCGGAACUUCGCUUUUCGUUUGGGCCAUUGAAUUAUUAAACAAACGGUUUCUUGUAACCGAUUAUAUUAAAAAUAUGUUAAAAAAUUAUCUUAAGAUCAAAGAGUCAAAGCAUGAAGACUUGAAGGAUUAAUUAAAACAGAA